AUGGCCGAGCCCCUUCGCCCUCGGGUGCCCCCGCAGCGCGCACGCGCCGCUCCCGCGCCGGGGCGGGGGCAGGAAGCGCCUCGCGCGGCCCCGCCCCCGCAGUCCCUGCGCAUUCAGAGGCGAGGAACCCCAGGCAAAGAGCAGGACAGGGCACCACUCCUUCUGCAGCCUGCCUUGGAACCUCGCCGCCUUCCUCACCGGCGACGUCACCACCCCGCGCAUCCUGCGCGCCCCGGACGCGUCCCCCGGCCAAGGGCCUCCCAAAAGCCGGGAUCCCAAGCCCUGAUUGGCGGAUGUGCCCCCGCCCGCGGCGGGACGGAGCCUCGCCGAGCGCCCGGGGCUGCCAUGGGCGAGGAGGCGGCUCGGCCCCGGCGGCCCGGCGUCGGCGUGGGGGUGGUGGUCACCAGCGCCGCGCACCCCAACUGCGUCCUCCUGGGCAAGCGGAAAGGCGCGCUGGGCGCCGGCACCUACCAGCUCCCCGGAGGCCACCUGGAGUUCGGGGAGAGCCUGGCGGAGUGCGCGGCGCGGGAGACGCUGGAGGAGGCGGCGCUGCGGCUGCGCCACGUGCGGUUCGCGUCGGCCGUGAACGCGGUGUGCCCGUCCCAGCGCUACCACUAUGUCACCGUGCUCAUGAAGGGCGAGGCCGAGCCGGGCGCCGAGCCGCGCAACCAGGAGCCCGACAAGAACGAGGGCUGGGAAUGGGUCAAAUGGGAUGAAUUUCCUCCAGCAGAUCAACUGUUCUGGGCCUUACGCUGUUUAAGAGAGCAAGGUUACAAUCCCUUUACAGAAGAGCUUGAACAUCUAAAGGGGUACACGGGAAGUCACCAAUUAGAGUAAAAACAAAUGAUGUGUUAUGUAA